CGCGGUUCUGGCUCGGUGGGCCUCGCUGAGAUAAUGGGGCUGCGACUUUCCGCCCCCGGGGCCUCGCAGCCUGCAGGGAGCUCCGGUUCUGGCGGAGCACCGGGGAUCCCGCCUCCAUCGCUGCAGCCCCCGCUGGAUUCCGCUCCCCGCGGGCCCGGGGAGAGGCUGAGGCACGGUGCCAGUGCUCACCCCUCUCGGUGUAUGUGUGGUAACAACAUGUCUGUCCCCCUCCUCGCCGACGCUGUCACCGUGUCAGGGGCAGAGCGGGAGACCGCCGCGGUCAUUUUCCUCCAUGGCCUUGGAGACACGGGGCACAGCUGGGCCGAUGCUCUGUCCUCCAUCCGCCUCCCCUACGUGAAGUACAUCUGCCCUCACGCGCCCCGGAUCCCGGUGACCCUCAACAUGAAGAUGGUGAUGCCCUCCUGGUUUGACCUGAUGGGACUGACUCCAGAUGCACCUGAGGAUGAGGCUGGGAUCAAGAAAGCUGCAGAAAACAUUAAAGCAAUCAUCGAGCACGAGAUGAAGAACGGGAUCCCCCCCAACCGCAUCAUCCUGGGGGGCUUCUCACAGGGCGGUGCCUUGUCGCUGUACACGGCUCUGACGUGCCAGCACCAGCUGGCCGGCAUCGUGGCGCUCAGCUGCUGGCUCCCGCUGCACAAGGCCUUCCCUCAGGCGGCGAACAACGGCGUGAACAAGGACAUUGCCAUCCUGCAGUGCCACGGGGAGCUGGACCCCAUGAUCCCCGUGCGCUUCGGGGCCCUCACGGCCGAGAAGCUCAAGUCUGUGGUCACCCCCACCAAGGUGCAGUUCAAAACCUUCCCUGGAGUGAUGCACAGUUCCUGUCCUCAGGAGAUGAUGGCGGUGAAGGAGUUCAUCGAGAAGCUGCUGCCCCGGAUCUGAGCCGAGCCCCUCGGGACUGUCGCAGGGGAGGGUGCCGAGGUGUCCCCGCGCCCCGCCCGCUGCCAACGGAAGCCAUGGCCCCCCCAGCGCACCUCCCGCACCCCCCGUGCCCGCCCCUGCACCGCGUCCCCGGCCGGGGCUGUCCCGCUGCUCCCGGAGCCCACACCGGAGCUGCCUGAGGCGGGCCUGGCAGCGGCCCGUUCGCUCCUGCUCUGGCUCCGGGGAAGGUCACCGUCGGCCCGGCGCCCCGCGGGGCUGGCACGGCGCGGGUGAGGUUUUGGGUUUGGGGUUUUUGUACCAGUAUUAGGGCGGGACGUGCCCGGCUGCGGCGGGAGGAGCGGGGCGGGCUGGGCACCCCCGAGGCUCGGAGCUCUGCCCUGGCCUCCCUCAGGCGACUCGCGGGUUUUCGGCGAGGGCUCAGGAACCCGGGACUCCCCUGCGGGCGCCUGCAGGCCCCGGGGCGGGCUCUGCCCUGGGCUGGCACCGCCAAAGGCUGCCCGGGCCGCGGGCAGGGCCAGCGCGGCUCCGCACGGCCCUGCCUGUCACACACGCACACUCCCCUCAGCCAGCGGGGCGGCUCUGCCCUCCUGGGAUAAUCACCUCCUUCCUCCUGCUCCUCCUCCUCUUGUUGCUUUUACAAUCUCCAUCCCAGAGGCGUCUCCCCCCCUCCCAGCCCAGCUCUGCACCCUGGGAGCCCCAAAGCUUCGUUUACACUCACGGAGCCACCGGCCCCGUUUCAACGUCUUCUCUUGCUGCUACUCGUCCUUCCCUUUGGACUGGGGCUGCCUCGGGGAGGGGGGGUCCCUGCACCCCGGCUUUGGCUCCUGGUGCAGCUGGAAGGAGCAGCUUUGCUCCCAGCCAUCAUCUGAGCCUGGCUGCUGCUGUGCCCCUCCCUGUGUGCCCCCGGGGCUCACCCUGCCACCCCAUGUACAAUCACCUGUGGCUUGUCCCCUCUGAAUGCUGGCAUCGUGCUGGGGCCCCGAAUGUCUCCUCUGGGGGGGCUCCUGGCUGACCCUCCCCUCCCACAGGGCCCAGGGCAGCGGCUGUGGAGCAGCUCUGCCCUCACCCCCUUUCCCUGGGCUGAGCCCCCUCUCGGGGCUGAUCACGGCUUUUAGGGCACCCCCAGAUUCCCCAGGCUGGCCCUGCUGCCCCUGCCCUGCCCCAGAGAGCUGAGGGCUGCCCUGGGGGGCUCAGCCCCAGCAGUUCUGCCCCAGCCCUGCCCCUCCUGCCCGGGCUGUGCAAAGCAAUAACUGCCCUCUGGAGAGUGCAGUGGGGCCCGCCCUGCCUGGGCCCUGGGCUUGGCCUUCCCAUUUUUGCUCCUUUUAGGAAGUGUGAAAGCAGCAGAGCUGCUGCUGGCACCAGGGGUACCCAGCUCUGCCCUGCCCUGGGCUCUUUCAUGCUGUGUUUUAAUGCUGCUGUGCCCCUGCCCCCCAGGCCUGGCUGGGGGGCACGAGAGGGUGGCAGGGGUGGGAUGGCAGUGCCCUGGGGCACCAGGGGCUGGCAGGGGUGGGAUGGCAGCUCCUUGGGGCA